UCACGGACGGCGCCAUCCUCGAGUUUGGAGCUUGUGGCUCCUGAUCCCCGUAGGAGCGUGUCAGUCUCGCAGCUUAGCUUACCGCGCGACUUCAGGCAGAAGGAACCUCUCCAGCACAGACUUUGACGAGAGAGGCUGUGGUGGUCGAGGGCUGCUGAAGAAAGUAGAGAGAGGUAAAGAGUGAGCGACGCCUGAAGAAGACGUCAACAGAGCGCCCCGGAAGCGGUCCGAGAAUGAACAGUGUGAUCUACCAUGCCCUUUCUCAGAAAGAUGCAAAAGAGUUCGACAUUCAGAAUAACCUCAGAGAGCAGGGUAGGAGGUUGGAGUUUGACGUGGCUGUUUUGUGUGGCAGUUACGAAUUGGCAUUUGAAUGUGACUUUCACAUCUGCCCAGCUGGGGGUAGCGAACAUGCAGCAGAUGAGAGGCUGUGUGAGCCUCAGUGGGUAGAUAGCACCCAGGAACCCAGCGGGCCGAGGCCUUUGUGAGGGCCUUCCUGAAGCGGAGCAUGCCCCGCAUGAGCCGACAAGCCCAGGAGGACCACCUGCAACGCAAGGCCGUUGUUCUGGAGUACUUCACUCACCGGAAGCAGAAGGAAAAGAAAAAGAAAUCUAAAGGCCUCUCUGCCAAGCAGAGGAGGGAGCUGCGGCUCUUUGACAUUAAUCCAGAGCAACAGAGAUACAGUCUUUUUCUCCCUCUGCAUGAACUCUGGAAACAGUACAUCCGGGAUCUGUGCAAUGGUCUCAAACCAGACAUGCAGCCACAGAUGAUUCAGGCCAAGCUUUUAAAGGCAGAUCUUCAUGGCGCUAUUGUUUCAGUUACAAAAUCCAAAUGCCCCUCCUACGUGGGCAUUACAGGAAUCCUUCUACAGGAAACAAAGCACAUUUUCAAAAUUAUCACUAAAGAAGACCGCCUGAAAGUUAUCCCCAAGCUAAACUGUGUGUUCACUGUGGAGAUCGAUGGCUUUAUUUCCUACAUUUAUGGGAGCAAAUUCCAGCUGCGGUCAAGUGAGCGGUCUGCGAAGAAGUUCAAAGCAAAGGGAACAAUUGACUUGUGAGCUCUUCCUGCCUAAGGGAAUCGUUUAUGACAGCGAAAAACUGGAAACAACCUGAAUUACCCACCUUUCAGGGAAGAGAUGGUCGGGCCAGUUCUGGUUAUAGACCACCUCCAGCCAGUCUAAAUCAGAGUUAAGGACGUUUAAUCAUCUGGGAAGAAGCACACUGUACUGAGCACAGAAGUCAGGGACCACAGGGAUGUGUCUUUAUAGAUGCUCUUGUUUUUGUAUUACUCCCAUGGACAGAAAAGAUUGGCAGAAAAUACCAGAAUUAACACAGGUUGACUUGAAUAGUGAGUUUGUUUUUUUCUUUUUCAUACUUUUCAGUGUUUUCAGAACGUUCUAUGAUGAAUGAGUUGUUUAUGUGAUAAUAAAAUAUGCAUGUGGGCA